AAAUCAGUAGCAAAAACGUACACUGCUUUUCUAGUAGCGUGCAGAUAAAGUAAUCGAUUAAUGUAAAGACUUUCGUAUACAAAAUGGCAUCUCUCUUUAUUUACAAGGGUCACUGCCACUUCAUUCGUCUUUAUUACAGGUGUUGCAAAAUGUAUGGUCCAGAUGUAUGUUGUGAUGGAUAAAAACUCACAGAACAUGUGAUUUUAGCGAAGUAGGACCCACAUGGAGCUUACAUGCAGACACCUUUAAAGAGAGAAGCUUCUCCAUUUCCAUUUCCAUUUCCAUUCGGUGAAACACUCUUCUCCUUCCAACUCACUCGCUCACUUAUUCUCACUCGCUCACAGACUUAGUCAUUUCCUCACUUCUCUUCUUUCUUCUUUCUCUUCUGUUCUAUACCAUGUCCAGUAACAGAAAGAAAGUCCUUCUGAACACGGUGUCGGUGGACCUAGGCUGCAGUUGCAGAAGGCCGAAACUUUCCUUUCUUUUCCAUCCGAAGCCCAAAACUACGUAUCGAAAACACAAACACUAUCGCUCUUCGUCCUCGAGCUCAUGGGACAAAGACGACACCACCACCACCACCACCACCACCACCGCAUUCUCUCCGAACUUGGACUCUUGGCAGUUUUCCGAUGUCGAAACCGCCGACGUGAAGACGGUGAAGGGCUUCGGAAGAGUCGGCGGGGAGAGCGUGGCGGUGGAGAAGGAGUCGGACGAUCCCUACCUGGAUUUCCGGCAUUCGAUGCUGCAGAUGAUCUUGGAGAACGAGAUAUACUCGAAGGACGAUCUCCGACAGCUGCUCAACUGUUUCUUGCAGCUGAAUUCGCCAUGCCACCAUGGGAUUAUUGUUAGAGCUUUCACUGAGAUCUGGAACGGCGUUUUCUCUGUCAAGUCCUGCACUUCCACGAAGAAGUUGCAUUUUGCAGCUUACACCUCACGUGACUACUAGGUUCUUCCCUUCUUCUGCUCGUGCAUUGAUUCCCGCACGUGAAUUCCAUGAUAUGGUAGAAAGAACAUAUUAUUAUUGUUUAAUAUUAUUAUUGUUAUUAUUCCGGGGGAGGCGGGUUGGUCCAAAUUAAUGUCAAUUUGUAUGGUUAAAUAAAAAAUCUUAUUAGGGCUUUUAGUGUUAAGGUUGUAUUUAGAUCAAGAUAUUUAAUUUAUUCUCCAAAAAAUGGCAAAAAAAAAAAAAAAAAAAAGCUUCUUUUUCUUGUAUUAAUGUAACUUGUAAGCUGGGUGGAUAUAGGAUGGAACCUAUUUUCUUCCCAUUUUUUUCUCUCUUCAAUCAAAUGUUUAUGCGUGUAUAUAUAUAAAUGAAUGUUGUUGUUGUU